GAAAAGCGACGUAAUGCAAGUGGCNAUAAGGAGAGAAAUAACGACUCACAGAAGGGUAGUCCUACGAACGGGGCACCUGCAGCACUCCACCAGUUGAAAAGCGACGUAAUGCAAGUGGCAGAUCGAAUAGCGUUGGUGCAGCGUGAAUGCGGCCUUAACGCUGAACAUCCUUCAGAAGAGUUGAGCUUUGCCUUGAUGCAUGUCGUUUAUGAGUGGGCAAAUGCAACGUUUGGAAAUGGUGAUGUGUGCGAUUGCGAUGAGAUUGUUCAUUUUCAGCCAUUUUCUGAGAUAAUGAAAUUGACGGAUGCACAGGAAGGACUGAUAGUUCGGUGUAUUCAAAGACUGGACGAGCUGUGCAAAGAUGUGCGGAAUGCAGCGCGUUUAAUCGGAAAUCCAGCUUUGUACGAGAAAAUGGAACACAUUUCAGCAGCGAUCAAGAGGGACAUCGUGUUCGCGGCCAGUCUCUAUACAGUUGUUGAUUGA